UCUAGUACCUAAGUGAAAAAUUCUUCCUUUCUCUAGCUCCUUAUAUAUCUCCUCUAGUCUAUAUAUCCAUAUAAUUCUCGUCAUCACAUUGAUUUUUAUCUAAACAUCAACUUGUUUGGGACUGAAGCGUAAUUGUUGUGAUUGUUAUAUCGGUUUGUAUCGAGAUGGAUAGAAUAGGGGACUUGGCAUCAAAGAAGGCAGCAGUGAUAUUUACCAAGAGUUCAUGUUUUAUGUGUCAUAGUAUUAAAGCACUCUUUUAUGAUAUAGGAGCAAGUCCAGCAAUUCAUGAACUUGAUAAAGAUCCAAGAGGGAAAGAAAUGGAGUGGGCAUUGAGAAGCUUAGGUUGUAAUCCAUGUGUUCCUGCAGUUUUUAUUGGUGGAAAAUUUGUUGGAUCAUCUAAGGAUAUUAUAUCCUUACAAAUUGAUGGAUCACUCAAACAAAUGCUCAUUGAUGCCAAAGCUAUUUGGUUCUGAUUACGGGCGUAAAAAAAGGCAGUCCAAUGCACUAAGUUUUUAGUGUAUGGGAAUUUCGAAAAAGAUUUUGGACCAAUAUUAGGUUUAUUGUACAAAGUCUUGUAUGAAACAAACAUCUAGCUAGGUUCUUAGCUUGUACACAAACUUUUCUUGUGUCAACUUUAAUCCACUAGGUUUUUUUCCUUUUUUUUUUUUUUUUGUUUCUAAUCCCCUUUUCUUUAAAGGAGGUGGGGAAAUGAUAGCCAUAUGUUUUGUCAAAAUGGCUGAUAAUGGAAACUUUUUCUUGAGUAAUAAGAUGUUUUUGUUUAUGGUUCAUGUUCUCAAGGUCGAGGGUAUA